AUUAGGGCCGUGAUCAGCAUUCGAGCGCUUUCCAACCCACAAGCGCUAAUCAAACCCAUUUGGGAUCCGCCAUAAACGACAAACAACGCGGCGGGCAACUCAUAACGCGACCUCAUCCAGAAAACCAAACCCGCAAAACAACCGGCCGCAAAAGCAAUCUCAACCCUCGAACGCACGCAAACCCACCAAACCACAGCUUCCACCAACACUCAAACAUAUAGCAAAGAUGUCUGACGACGUAGCUGCACUCGUGAUUGACAACGGCUCCGGAAUGUGCAAGGCCGGUUUCGCCGGUGACGACGCUCCUAGGGCUGUCUUUCCUUCGAUUGUCGGAAGGCCUAGGCACCAAGGCGUUAUGGUUGGGAUGGGUCAAAAGGACUCUUAUGUGGGGGAUGAGGCCCAGUCGAAGAGGGGUAUCUUGACUCUUAAAUAUCCUAUCGAACAUGGUAUCGUUACCAACUGGGACGAUAUGGAGAAGAUUUGGCACCACACGUUCUACAACGAGUUGCGAGUUGCACCCGAAGAACAUCCGGUUCUCUUGACCGAAGCCCCGCUCAACCCGAAGGCUAACCGCGAAAAGAUGACGCAAAUUAUGUUCGAGACCUUCAACACGCCCGCCUUCUACGUCGCCAUCCAAGCCGUUCUCUCUCUCUACGCCUCCGGUCGUACCACAGGUAUCGUCCUCGACUCCGGUGACGGUGUCUCGCACACGGUGCCCAUCUACGAAGGUUACGCUCUGCCCCACGCGAUUCUCCGUCUCGACCUCGCCGGGCGUGAUCUCACCGAUUACCUGAUGAAAAUCCUCACCGAGCGCGGAUACUCCUUCACGACCACCGCCGAACGUGAAAUCGUUCGCGACAUCAAGGAAAAGCUCUGCUAUGUUGCUCUCGAUUUCGAGCAGGAGAUGCAGACCGCGGCGCAAUCGUCCGCCCUCGAGAAGUCGUACGAGCUUCCCGAUGGACAGGUCAUCACCAUUGGAAACGAGCGUUUCCGUGCCCCCGAAGCUCUCUUCCAGCCUAGCUUCCUCGGACUCGAAGCCGCGGGUAUCCAUGAGACGACUUACAACUCGAUCAUGAAGUGUGAUGUCGAUAUCAGGAAGGACUUGUACGGGAACAUUGUUCUGAGUGGUGGAACAACCAUGUACCCCGGCAUCGCUGAUCGCAUGCAACGCGAAAUCACCGCCCUCGCUCCCAGCUCCAUGAAGAUUAAGAUCGUCGCGCCUCCCGAACGCAAGUACUCCGUGUGGAUCGGUGGUUCCAUCCUCGCAUCCUUGUCUACGUUCCAGCAGAUGUGGAUCUCCAAGCAGGAGUACGAUGAGAGUGGCCCAAGCAUUGUGCAUCGCAAGUGCUUCUAAGCAGAAAACUCUGGGGAUGGUGCGCCUGGAUUUAUGCGUGGAGCAAUGACUUGGUUGGAGUCGUUCGUUGGCGUUCUGUGAUACUCUUUUGCUUGUUGUUCGAGAUGAAGCGUUGCUUUCACGUUUCGUUGUGUGCGUCUUUGUAGUUUGUUCUCUUUUAAGGAAACUUUCUGUUUUACGAAAAAAAAAAAUGGGAGUUGUAAAAACAAUCAUUGGGAAG